AUGGGGACCAACGAAUUCAAGACGCCAAGACGGCCAAAAUACCGUGUCAACAAACCUCAGCAGCGAGGAGAUCACAUACUGCCCUGGACGGCUUCACGGUGCCAACGGCUUCUCCGUCCACUGCUCUCGCGGAUAUCUCUCUUGCGCAAAAGCGCUACAAAUUUGCCAUGUCCCGAUACGUUGCCUCAGUCUCUGCCAUCGCCAACCCGACCGGCUGUCGCAAGCGAGAGCUGUGCCUGGCUAGCCCCGCGGAAGAAGCUUCGACGUACAUAUUCGCAAAGAGGUGCGAAUGCUCUUUCUGUCGAAGGCCCAGAGGUUGAGCCCGUCAGAUUUAAAGCCGCCAGAGACCUACAACGUGAGAGUCAUACUGGAGAGAUUGUGGCUUUCACCCCCCUGUUGCGACGCGUUCGGGGACAUCAAAUGUCAUCGCCCAUUCAGGGGUCAGAACCAGUUCUAGAAAACUCGUUCGAGACGGAAAGUCGUUUUUGCAAACGUGAUGCGAAGCUCGAAGACUGGCUGGUGUCUUUAAGAACCCAUGUCUCCCCUGCCAGAUAUACGGACUAUGAAGCCGUCUUCCGUGCUACCGAGGCUUUGUUGAAUGUUGUAAGCCAAAGGCCUAGCAGAAAAGGCGCAUCAUCAUUUCUGGACAUGUGUCUCCGCAAAGUGCCUCAUUACAUUGCGGGCGUAAAGGCUUGGGAGGUGCACGAAGCAGAGCUGAGCGGAACGAGAACGAAUACUACAGGAGCGGACACUGGGUCACGCAUCUACUCAGAGCUCGAGUCUUUAGGUUCAUUCGAUGAUGGUUGGACUCACCUACGAACUGCUACCGAAGCCGAAGCAAUGAACGUCCUUGUGAGAGCCAUGGCAGAAGGAUUAUUUCCGGAUGAAUUCUCGAUGAUACUCAUUGAGCUUUGUUCCAAUUAUGGAGUCAAACAACUCGAUGAACUACUUGAUACGUUCACGAGCCGCCCAUAUCCUCGACCUCUGAGUUUGGACUCGAAAUUUUCCGAAAUAUCAAUGCUACGACCUCUGUCCUUCUUGCGGGACAUUUCAAUCAAAACAGGCCGUCCGUCUAUGAUGUUGCAGCAGAUUUCCGUCCUGCUUGCCCGUGGCUCAUUGCAUUAUACUUGGCUUGCGAUUUGGGACUUCAAGGAGAUUUGGGCAUCGGCCUUUGAGAUGAUCUCCAAGGGCCGCGCGGCUCUAGAUGCUGUUGACUUCCUUGCUACGUCAGUCAUACUGCUAUGCAGAAACUUACAGAUCAGUCCCAAUCAGAAACUACCAGAUUCCCCAAACGAGUUGAUCACGUCGUGUCAACAAUUGCACAUUACCACCUUAGCUAUACUGGCAGCUAUGAGGCGACUCAGUCAGGAUGAGCUUUUUGCCAAUAAAAGCCCGAAUCCAGUCAAAGUUGCGCGAAUCGGCCGGGGCAUUGGCUUUACUCUAAACGCCUGUAUAGGCGAGAUCGAAUCUUGGAAGGGGAGACGAGGCAAACCUCGGGUGCUAUUAUAUCUCGCAAUGUUUCUCUCGUCUCCGAUCUCCGAAGGUGAGCGAUUUGAUAAUCUUGUUGCCAAAGUGAUUGAAGCUACGAAUGGUUCCAAUGAAGAGAGGCUGCAGUUCAUGAAACGGUCUCAGGCCAUGAUCUCACUCCUGUCAGGAACUGCCAAGAUAUGUGGUCGUGGAACGACACUUGCGUCACGGCACUAUCUCGCAGCGUUCUGCAAACAGCUCGGGCGCUUGGGGCUACCAACCGAUUUGCUUGAGACUAUCAACAAAACAGGGGCAUUUACUUUGGCGGAGCAAAGUAACGAUCUACGAGACCUGUUGUACGCUGAGAGUUUGGUCUCUGGCUCGGCCAGUACUGGCGGCGAUGGGUGCCAUCAAGGAUCAAGGAAACCAAUGCUGUUUGAGGGUUUUCGAUGGGAUGCGUCAAUCAGCGAAUGGGUGACCGCGAGCCCCACGACCGGGAAGAAAACACAGAGGAACAAAACACUGAGAUCGUCAGCGAGGGCGCAUCAUGGAAGGAUGUCGGACCCAUUUGUGGAUCGCACGUCCCUCUCCCCGUCAAGAUCAACGGGUUCCACUGGUCAUGUCGCAACCGCAACCUCGUCCGAUAACAUUCGUAUCUCCGGUCAGGGCCGACUUGGCUCAGCAUCCCAAGACUCUCUGUCAAGCAUUACGAUCUCGGAUACGACGCCGAUGCCAAGGCACCAAAAACAUGCGAACCACUACAAGAAGCGUCACAGUGAGCCUCAUGCAGCCAAGAACACGACAUUUGACGAUGAGCUUUGCGACAACAAAGAAAACCAAGGACAAGUCGUGAAGAGGAAGCGGUAUGGCAGCGAAGUGAGGAGGCCACUUGGAAGAACGCGGCGCGUUCGACUUUCUGGCGGCGGUGUCCACAGUGACGAUGAACUGGGUGUAUAA